GCUGGCGAGCUGCGACGUGACCUCCCGGCCGCGUGUGUGCCCGAGAGAGCGAACGAGGUAGCUGGCGAAGGACGCGACCUGGACCCUGGGCCCUGCGGGACUCCAGUCGUGUCACGUACACGCUUGGCGGCGCGAACAGCGCAUAACGAAUCUAAACUCCCUGAGGGCAGGGACCAUGUCUGUUUAGUUUACUGCUUUCGCUCCAAGCACUCAAAUUUUAUUAAAUGAAUGGAAAAAAGAUAUUUGGAUCUGAACUGCAUUUUGGAAAUCAUCUACACUUAAAAUGCCACCAGCAGUUGGAGGUCCAGUUGGAUACACUCCCCCAGAUGGAGGCUGGGGGUGGGCAGUAGUAGUUGGAGCUUUCAUUUCCAUCGGCUUCUCUUACGCAUUUCCCAAAUCCAUUACUGUGUUCUUCAAAGAAAUUGAAGGCAUAUUCAAUGCCACCACCAGUGAAGUGUCAUGGAUAUCCUCAAUCAUGUUGGCUGUCAUGUAUGGUGGAGGUCCUAUCAGCAGUAUCCUGGUGAAUAAAUAUGGCAGUCGUCCAAUCAUGAUUGUUGGUGGCUGCUUAUCAGGCUGUGGCUUGGUUGCGGCUUCUUUCUGUAAUACUGUUCAGGAACUUUACUUGUGUGUUGGAGUCAUUGGAGGUCUUGGGCUUGCCUUCAACUUGAAUCCUGCUCUGACCAUGAUUGGCAAGUAUUUCUACAAGAGGCGACCUUUGGCAAAUGGACUGGCCAUGGCAGGCAGCCCUGUGUUCCUCUCCACUCUGGCCCCCCUCAAUCAGGCUUUCUUUGGUAUCUUUGGCUGGAGAGGGAGCUUCCUAAUUCUUGGGGGCCUCCUACUAAACUGCUGUGUAGCUGGAGCCCUGAUGCGUCCAAUAGGGCCCCCACCAACAAGUGCAGGGAAAGAUAGGUCUAAAGAAUCCCUUCAGCAACCUGGAAAAUCUGACGAGAAAAAGGGAGCAGGUGAUGCAAAUAUAGAUCUUAUUGGAGGAAACCGCAAAGAAGAGAAACGAUCGGUCUUCCAAACAAUUAAUAAAUUCCUGGACUUAUCUCUGUUCACACACAGAGGCUUUUUGCUAUACCUGUCCGGAAACGUGCUCAUGUUUUUUGGACUGUUUACCCCUUUGGUCUUUCUUAGUAAUUAUGGCAAGAGUCAACAUUACUCUAGUGAGAAGUCUGCCUUCCUUCUUUCCAUUCUGGCUUUUGUUGACAUGGUAGCCAGACCUUCUAUGGGACUUGUAGCCAACACCAAGUGGAUAAGACCUCGAGUUCAGUAUUUUUUUGCAGCUUCUAUUGUUGCAAAUGGAGUGUGUCAUCUGCUAGCACCUUUAUCCUCCAGCUACAUUGGGUUCUGUGUCUAUGCGGGAUUCUUUGGAUUUGCAUUUGGGUGGCUCAGCUCAGUGUUGUUUGAAACACUGAUGGACCUCGUUGGACCCCAGAGGUUCUCCAGCGCCGUGGGAUUGGUGACCAUUGUGGAAUGCUGUCCAGUCCUCCUGGGGCCACCGCUUUUAGGUCGUCUGAAUGACAUCUAUGGAGACUACAAAUACACCUACUGGGCAUGUGGUGUGAUCCUCAUUAUAGCAGGCAUCUAUCUCUUCAUUGGCAUGGGCAUCAAUUAUCAACUUGUGGCAAAAGAGCAGAAAGCAGAGAAUCAGCAGAAAAAGGAAAGUAAAGAGGAGGAGACCAGUGUGGAUGCUGCUGAGAAGCCAAGAGAAUAUGCAGCAGAAUCUGCAGAGCAGAAAGACACAGAAGGAAGUCCCAAAGAGGAGGAGAGUCCAGUCUAAACCUUUGGGGCCCAAGGGUCAGUGAAGCAUCUGUGACCCAAGAUCCUUGAAAAUAUCUACUGGCCUGUAAUCCAGCAGUGGUGCUCAAUGCCAACAGUGGACAUGUGUGUGGGAAUUGUACCAGGUGUUCAGUGAUGGAAGUUCUGUUUUCACUCCUUACCAGCAGCCUGAAUUAAAAAUGCCAUACCUUUGGGGAGGGAGUGGUUGGCAAAGAAUGAGAGAAGGACGUAGUGUGGGGUUUUUUUUGUUUGUUUGUUUAAAUCCUAGCUUUUAACAGUGUCCAGAAGAUUUUAAUAUGUGCCUUAAGUUUUAGUCUUUAGAACUCUUUAGGGAGCCUUAACUUUUUAAACCAUUCUGCUGAAUUCAUCUAUUUUAAGUGUUAUGUUAUAAGGAAAAAUAACAACUAACUUGUUUCUGACAAAUCUAAAAUUUAAAAUUAAUCUUGCUUCAUUGUUAUUUGUAAUAUACUGUCAGACAUCACCACUGGAAGAUUUAUGAAUAGAAAUAUUGGUUGGAAGUUGGGAUUUUAUAAAAUCCUGACUAAAAUAUUUUCCUUGCAUCAGUAGUUGCCUAGCAUAGUGCCUGAUAGCUAUAUAUUUAGGAAAUUUAAGGCAUAAAACUUUGGAAACAUCUUGGCCGUUCUAGACACAUUGUACUCAUCAGCACCCCUCUGGAAUCUUUUCUUGGGAUGCUAAUAUUAUUAGUGCUUGAGAAUUAUUUCAUUAUAAAAUUAUAAAAUUAUUAAAUUACUAUUUUCCCUUUUCAAAGACAAAGGUUGAGUGGUUAUAGACCAUUGCCCCCUUUGAAAUUACUUAGUAUUUUUCACUAUAAAAGUUAAUUUUAAAAUAUGCAAAAGUAUAUAUUUGUACCUCCUUAGUAAAUACAACACAUCUAAUUAAAUGUAGACAGAUAUUUCAAACAUCAGCUGAAUUCAGCUUCAGUUUUACCAAAACCUCAGUUAAACUGUGAGACUUAGAAUUUUUUUGUUGUUGAUUUUCCUGGAAUUUUCCCCCAUUGAUUCAUAGUGGUUCCAUUUAUAUCUGUGUCUAGCUUAGAGCUGUGUGUGAGAUACUCAAUCUUUGUGUGCUUGUUUGUUCUUUUUUUUUUUUAAAUGUUUGCUAAUUAAAGAAAGCCAGAGUAAUUUGGCCCCAGGCAAACCAGUAAGAAUAAGAUUGGGAGGGAAGGUGCUCCCUUUUCUUUUUCUGAGGAGGCCUGAAAAAAAUUAUGUUUUGCUUAUAAUUAUUGGACACAUUCUUACUACUCCACAUAAAACUAAAGUAUUGUGACCCUUUUUACUUACUUGAAAAGUAGAGAAAUGAGUUUAGUAUGAGGAUAGGGAGGACGGACCAGAAUGAAAUCUGUAAAUAUUUUUUAACCUAAUAUCUUCUAAAAUGCACAAGAAGAUAAUGAUAGACACUCAAUAAAUUAUAUUCAGUGCAUUUAAAAAUAUCAUUGUAAUUGACACAGUGAAGUAUAGGUACAAAACCUUUUGUGUAAGAGGCUGGCUUUUCCAAAUAAACUUCUUUUUUCCUUUUUUUUAAGAAAUGCUUCUCCCUCCAAAUGUUUAUUUUCUUGAGAAAAUAUUACUGUGUCUUCAUUUUCAUUAUCAAGAUCCAAUUUGGCCCUUGCUAAUAUUAAAUCAUUCAGCUUAUGUGCUGUGGGAGCUGUGUAUAUGGCUUAUUUUUACUUUUCUUCUUUCCUCCUUUUCUUAAAGGCAAGGAAGAGGGGAAUUUUGAAAUUACCUCUCUGAAAGCAUCCAAAGCAGUUAACCUUAAGAACACAAUGAAAAUUCCCUUUCAAUGCCUGAGUGUCAUGGCAGAUGGAGAAGGAAUUUGAGGGGAGAAGCCUGCUGUGAUUGUUGGCAGGCUUUGCUCCAGUUGGGACUCUGCUGUUUUCCAUCGACCCAAGUCCAUAAUCUCUUUGUGCCUCUUUUCCCUGUCCAUAAAAAUGAGGAUCACUGUCCAUGAGGUAAUAUAAGUAAAGGAAAUGGGAAGGGGUAGGGUGGAGGAGUAGUAGUACAGGAUUAUUUUCUCCUGUAAGGGAGGAAAACCUUACCCUUCUUUCUAGGUUCUUUGGAUGGCCUAAUAAUUAAAUUGACAUAAGACAGAUAAGAUAGGAGAAAAAUUUAAUUUCAUACAUAACGGGAACUUCACAUAGACAUGAGAGGGUCAAAAACAAUCAGGCAACUAAGACUUACAAGCCAUCCAAAGCUAAGGAGGGGUGGGUAGGGUCUGCGGCUUCAAAAGGAAUAAAGACAAUUUACAAGAAGAUGGAAAGAGCAAAUGUUUGUUUGGUAAACCAUGCCAUGCAGAGAAGUCUUGAGUUUAAAAAACAAAAAGGUAAUACCACUCUUCCUGGUACAGGCUCCCUAUCUGAAUUCUUUUAGGCAAUUACAGGUGAGGUAAAAAGCUCUUAAGUCUGUUAGGCAUUGGCUGCCUUCAGCUCAAAUACUCCACAUGCCAAAGUGGCACAUUUUGGGGCAGCCUUGUCCUGAACCCCCAUCACUCCAUCCCAGUUGUUGAGCUACGUCCAUACCUAACACCCUGCUUAGUCUUUGUUCAGUAGUUGAAUCUUGUUAGUGAAGGGUUAAAAACUGUUUCAAAGCUGGAAUUAAACCUUUUAUUGCCCAGUGCAACCCUGACUUUUUCCCCCUGAAGAGGCAGCAUUAAAGUAUUUAUUUAAGAUUAGUUUUGGUAACAGCCAACACCAAAACCCAGUAUAGGCCUACUCUGUGCCAUCUGUUACUUGUUAUCAGUCAGUGAAUUCUCCUUGUGUUGUAGGUUGUGUUCAACACCGGGAAGCAGCUGAGCUUUCUGAUCCAGUCUAUUGUCCUUUACUCCAUGUGAGGACUGUUUUCUUCCAAUUCACACAGUUUCAGUGGCUGCUUUGGAAACAAACGUACGCAAAGAGCACCUGCCUAUCUUUGUUUUCUGUCCCACACCUUCCAUAAGUCACAGAGAGAACAUAUACAGCUCUUAGGUAGUUGUAGGGCCUAAAAAGUCUUGUUUAAGAGCAUACUCUGAAAAGGGUCCCCAGCCAAAGCUGGAAAAUUAAGAAACUGGUACGUUGGUCGAUGGCAGAAGAUCAUGGUGACAAGACUGUAUUAAUUAGUGUGCUAUACUCCAGUCUGUUGAGAAUUUAAAUUAUCUUAUAAAUAAGUAAUUUCUACAAAAUAUUCAGGAAAGCAUGAUGGUAAAAACAAAUUAUGGAAAAUUCAGAGGUGUUUUAUCCCUGAUUUAAUCACGCAGAUGACUAAUCCUCUGAAUUCUUGGGUUGUCUGAAUUUAGUUUGUUUGUAUCAUAGAUACAUAUGUCAAUAUUAAUCCUGUAUUUUAAAAAGGAAAAAAAUUUGUUAAAAGCCAUUUAAUAUUUUUGUACCAGUGUUUGACUGUAUUGAAUUUCAGAAUGAUAAACUGGGUAUUGGUUUGUAUGAAAAACCUAAAUGUCUGGGUUUUACCUAGAAAAUGGUUCACAGUAUAACAAACCUAAUAAUCAGGUGUGCACCCCCCCUCCCUGUUUUGCUUGGAAAGAUGAGGGAGGUGAACAGUAAAUUUCCACCUUUGCAACAUGGCUUGUCUUAAUAAUCAGGUCAGGCAGGCAUUUGCCUAGAAGACAUGAAGAAAGAGGUUAAUGACAGACUUGUGUCAAUAUGAAAAUUCUUUCAGUUCUUGACAGGAAGCGACAGUCCAGGCUUGCUUGGCUUGCCCAGAUUUGAGCAAUUAAGCCAAGUUACUUCAGAGGGUAGAAGCAUUUAGAGGGUUUCAAGUACAUCACUUCUGAAAUGUGUUCUAGCUUUAGCAUUUUAGAUUCAGUCUCCCCUUUUUCCCCUCAUCCAGUCUGGGCCAUAGUGACAAAAUCAUUCAAAUGACAGUGAUUGGGAAAAGUACCCAUGUGUAUGUGUAGAUUAUCUUCUUGAGUUGAACAGCACUGAUUUACUUCGUUUUGCUAACUUUGACCCUCACUUGCCUAGAGGAGACCGGGAUAGCCAGCCGUGGGAUUGCAGCCUGCUGCUCGCUUAACCACAUAAGCUACCUGAAUUCAAAUUGAGGCUGUGUGCCCUCAACCAGGUUACCGAGCUCCAUAAGCAUCAGGGUUUUUUCUUCUGUAAGGUGUUAAUUAGUACCACCCCCCACCCCCCCAGGGUUAUCAGGAAGGUUAGUUGAUAUGUGACAGCUUAUGUUAAAUAAGGGCUUCACGAAUGUAAAUACCUGACUAUAAAAAAAAAUCAAAGAAAAUUAAUACUUGGGGAAAAAAUUGCUCUUCUAAUUCCCAAGAUGGAUCAUUACUUAGGAUAGUUUGGAAGUGACUUUUAAAGAUAAUAUUUAGCUAAAUUUGAUAAUAUUAGCUAAAUAAUAUUAGCUAAAUAAAUAUUAGCAAAUUCCCAAAUUUGACUGAACCUGGCUGGUUCAGUCAAAAGAGCAUGCAACUCUCCAUCUCAGGGUUUGAGUUCAAGCCCCAUGUUGGGUGUAGAGCCUACUUGAAAAAUAAAAAAUAAAGAAUAUUAGCUAAAUUAUCACAUUCUCCUUUUGAUCAGAUCCUCCUUUUAUUCUUAUAAAUGUAAUGGUCUUUCUUUGGUAAAUGAAUGGAUGAAAUGAACAAUUGAUGAGGUUGGGGCAUACAUGCCCAGCUCUUGCUCACAAGAGGGAUAUGAGUCCCAAAACCCUUGCUCCUGAUGCUCUAAUAGUACACCAUCUUCAAGGAAGAGAGGCCCAACUAGCGGCAGAUAAACAUUUCCUCUCAAUAUUUGUGAUGAUUCUAAAAGAAGAAAUAUAACUAGUAACCAGUCAUGAUUAAAGUUGUCUGUCUCAGCAGUGUUCUUAAAUGCAAAUUGAAGACUUGAUGAGGUCUUAAUUUUUUUGUACUACGUUGAUAAUGUAGUGAUAACAUGAUUUAAAUUAUAAAUUACCACUUAGUGGCCGAAUAAAUUGGUAUUUAACAUA